GAAAACAGCUGAUCGCAAAACAUAACCUAAAAAUUUCGAUAACAUUGUAAUAUUGUAUUAAUUUAAGUGAAAAUAAACAGAUCAUGUUAAUAAACUAUUAGAAAUGUGUUCUAUAUUAGUAAAACGUUUAAUUUACGUACCAAAUCGUUAUUUGUUUAAGUGCAUUAGUACGAAAAGUCCAAGAGUUAGAUUUGCGCCGAGUCCUACGGGCUAUUUGCAUUUAGGAGGUUUACGAACUGCUCUGUACAAUUAUUUGUUUGCAAAAUCUCGGAAUGGUACGUUUAUCCUGCGUAUAGAAGAUACGGAUCAGACGAGGAAAGUCGAGGGCUCAGUAGACGCAUUGGUGAACGACUUGCAAUGGGCGGGUAUUGAGUGUAACGAAGGACCAGGAAUUAAUGGAAAAUAUGGUCCUUAUGUACAGAGCGAAAGGUUGAAUAUUUAUCAAGAGCACAUAGCAAAACUCCUCGAUAAUGGCUCAGCAUACAAAUGUUUCUGCACUGAGCGCAGACUGAACAUACUACGCAGGGAUGCAGUCAAGUCACAGAGGAUACCUAAAUAUGAUAACAGGUGUAGGAGUCUGUCUCCUGAGGAGAUUAAACAGAAGAUUGACAAUGGUGUUCCUUAUUGUAUUAGGUUUAAGCUAACAUCAGACGUUCAGUACUUUGAAGAUCUGAUCUUCGGCAGUAUAGCUUACGACGUCUCCUUGAAUGAAGGGGACCCAGUGCUCAUGAAGAGUGAUGGCUACCCAACAUACCACUUCGCGAAUGUGGUCGAUGACCAUUUGAUGGACAUCACACAUGUGUUGCGAGGUGUCGAGUGGCAGAUCUCUACUACUAAGCAUUUGCUUAUUUAUAGAGCGUUCGGUUGGAAGCCGCCACAGUUUGGUCACAUGCCGCUGAUCGUGAAUGCUGACGGCACUAAGCUUAGUAAGAGACAGAGCGACGUCAAAGUUGAAGAUUAUAGAAGCAAUGGAAUAUUUCCGCUGGCGUUGGUGAAUUACAUAACGCUGUCUGGUGGUGGGUUCGAGCACGUGCCGGGCGCAGGCGUCAGACUCAAGACUAUGGACGAAUUGGCUGGAGAGUUUCAGAUAGACAAAAUAUCAUCACACCCAAGCCGACUGAAUCCCGACCUUCUAGAAGAAUGCAAUCGUUUAGAAAUCAAACGAAGAUUAAGAGACGAAGACCAAGCAAAUAGCUUAGUAUCCAAACUACAAGAACUAAUAACAAAAACGUAUCCAGAACACAAUUUGAAUUUGACAGAAGAACAUGUAAAGACCGUUUUAAAUUGGUCAGCGUCUCGAAUAUCAAGAAUGGAAGAGUUAUCAUCGAAAAAAUAUGGUUUCCUAUGGAUCUUACCCAAAAACACUGCUAAGGUUGACCAGGAAUUGCUAAGGAAACUGGUGGAAAAUUUGGAAGGGUUGGAGAAGUUUGACCAGGGUAGUUUGAAGGAGAAUUUGAGGAGUUUCUCUGCGCAAAAUGAUGUGAAAUUUCCGGCUCUAAUGAAGAUGCUUCGGUCUGUUAUAAGCGGGCUGGAUGAGGGUCCAGGAGUCGCGGAGAUGAUGGACUUGUUGGGUAAGACACAGUCGUUAGAAAGAAUUAAAGCUGUUGUACGAUACACUGUUGUUUUACUUAAUAUUAUUAAUGUUAUGAUGGUAAGCAGACAUCGUAGACUAAGAGACAACGAGAGUACAUCUGCUAAGCCAAAAUCAAGUUAA